UAUAGUGGUGUUGUCUCUAGUCCAGUCUAUAGUGGUGUUGUCUCUAGUCCAGUCUAUAGUGGUGUUGUCUCUAGUCCAGUCUGUAGUGGUGCUGUCUCUAGUCCAGUCUGUAGUGGUGUUCUCUAGUCCAGUCUAUAGUGUUGUUGUCUCUAGUCCAGUCGAUAGUGUUGUUGUCUCUAGUCCAGUCUAUAGUGUUGUUGUCUCUAGUCCAGUCUAUAGUGUUGUUGUCUCUAGUCCAGUCUAUAGUAGUGUUGUCUCUAGUCCAGUCUAUAGUAGUGUUGUCUCUAGUCCAGUCUAUAGCAGUGUUGUCUCUACUCCAGUCUAUAGUGUUGUCUCUAGUCCAGUCUAUGGUGGUGUUGUCUCUACUCCAGUCUUUGGUGUUGUGUUGGUCCCCUCUAGCUGUUCACUGGUCUCAGAUCCCCGACGAGGUCUGCUCCUCUUCGGUCCCCCAGGCAACGGAAAGACCAUGCUGGCCAAAGCCGUAGCCAUGGAGUCCCAUGCCACCUUCUUUAACAUCAGUGCCUCCAGUCUGACCUCUAAAUGGGUGGGAGAGGGAGAGAAGCUGGUCAGAGCUCUGUUUGCUGUGGCCAGAGAACUACAGCCUGCCAUCAUCUUCAUUGAUGAGAUCGACAGCCUGCUCUGUGAGAGGCGGGAAGGAGAACACGAUGCCAGUCGGCGUUUAAAAACAGAGUUUCUCAUACAGUUUGACGGGGUAAGACCAACGACCAUUUUAGUUAUGUCACGGUAAUGUUACUCCCGUCUGCAAUUAUCAACGGCAGUUGCAAUGUCUGUGUACUGUUUAAUGAGUGUUUCCUGUAUGGGUUACUAAUGAGCUAUAAAAGACCUUAUGAGUGUUUCCUGUAUGGGUUACUAAUGAGCUAUAAAAGACCUUAUGAGUGUUUCCUGUAUGGGUUAUUAAUGAGCUAUAAAAGACCUUAUGAGUGUUUCCUGUAUGGGUUACUAAUGAGCUAUAAAAGACCUUAUGAGUGUUUC